AUGGGAAAAGAAGUGCAGCAGCUGCUGACGGACUUUGGGGGUUUAUCUUUUGAACAAAUAAAAAAGAAAUUAAAAGAAAAGAGAGACUGGCUGACUGACGAGCAGCUUAAUGGGGUUUUGGUCAACAACGCCAUGCACGUCAACGGCAUUUGGGUUUUGAACUCUCUGGGAAACCCUCAAAUAGAUGCUGUUCGUUCUUCUCUCAUUAAAGUCUUCAGCAGUUCAAAUCCGCCCAACACCAAAAACAAAAUUUUGGAGGCCGUGGAAGCAGACAUGCAGAGAAAAGUCGCUUUGCCAGACUUCACCCUCCGCAAACUCCUCAGGGAGUUUGCAAAGAAUGAAAAUGGCCUUUGGAACUUCAAGGGGAGCAAAGGCACCGAAGACAAAAAUGAUUUAUCUGAACUUGUUUGCGAGG